CCGCUUCCGGGGCGGGACGCGGCUAACUAGGAUUGCCGUGCCCGGCUCCCUGCGCUUGUGUUUCCGCGCUCUGUGCUGCUAUGAGCUUCCUCAAAAGUUUCCCGCCGCCCGGGCCGGCUGAGGGGCUCCGGCAGCAGCAGCCUGACACCGAGGCUGUGCUGAACGGGAAGGUCCUCGGCACCGGCACCCUGUACAUCGCGGAGAGCCGCCUGUCUUGGUUGGAUGGCUCUGGAUUAGGGUUCUCACUGGAAUACCCCACCAUUAGUUUACAUGCUGUGUCCAGGGACCUGAAUGCCUAUCCACGAGAACAUUUGUAUGUUAUGGUGAAUGCCAGGUUUGGAGAAGAAUCAAAAGAAUCUGUUGAUGAAGAAGAGGAGGAAGACAGCGAUGAUGAUGUCGAACCUAUUACUGAAUUUAGAUUUGUGCCUAGUGAUAAAUCAGCAUUGGAGGCGCUGUUCACUGCCAUGUGUGAAUGCCAGGCCUUGCAUCCGGAUCCUGAGGAUGAAGACUCAGACGAUUACGAUGGAGAAGAGUACGACGUGGAGGCACACGAACAAGGACAGGGGGACAUCCCUACAUUUUACACCUAUGAAGAAGGACUGUCUCACUUAACAGCAGAAGGACAGGCCACACUGGAGAGACUAGAAGGAAUGCUCUCUCAGUCCGUGAGCAGCCAGUAUAAUAUGGCCGGGGUCCGGACAGAAGAUUCAAUAAGAGAUUAUGAAGACGGGAUGGAGAUAGACACCACACCCACGGUGGCUGGGCAGUUUGAGGAUGCAGACGUUGAUCACUGAGACGGGUGAUGUGCUCUGAGGCUCUGCUCUUAACUAGGAGAGAACGUGUUGUCUCUUCCACUCAAGUGCGGUUGAUGAAAGUCUUUGUACGUCUUCAGCUCGACCUGAACCAGUUCUUUCUUAAGACAGACUAUACUGAGACAGCAAGUUGUCACCAGCAGAGGAAACCAUGACCUUUAUUAACAAAGGUGAAUUAACUUAAUCACGAGAUUAUUUGUAGUUUAUCAUUUACCCCCAAACACUCUGUGUGUAGGUCCCUCUGAGUAGGCCUGUAGUUCCCGUCUUCGCUGUAUGCAUCUUCUAUAAGCUCAUAGGCCCACGUGGUGGAAGCACACAGGAGCUUGGACUUGUAGAUAGAUGGGGUGGGAAACAGAGACUGAAACUAAGGUAAGCCCUUUGGGUUACCCUUCCCCAAAAAAGAAAAACAAAGAAAUCCCAGAGGCUCCUCCCUUUGGCUUGUCUCCACAGGGGCAAGAGUCCUACACUAGUUUUGGGCCCAGAUUGGUUAAUUCGGGCAUCUCUAGGUGGCCUCCUCAGAAACACCCCGCCACACCUGCUACCCCUGACGCGCACCCUGGCCCACGUCCACUCCUGUUGCCGUGUUUGGCCAGUCUGUCCUGCCACCACCUCUUAGGUUAUGUCUUUAAUUUCCAACCCCUUAGGUAUUAGUUUUCUGUAACAGAACAAGUGAAACUGGGAUGAAGUUCUCAAAGUACUUCAAAUAAGAAUCGUUUUGUUGUAAGAGCUUAACAAAUAAAUCUUGUUUUUCUAUA